AUGCCUGCGCCGGCUGACAACAACUUUGAGGACUACCGACAUUCUUUCGAUGAGGAUGCCGACGCUAUGCAGGGCUAUGCUACGCACCACGGCAGGCACCAUGCGCCGGAGACGCCGGUCGAGCAGUGGGAGGACGUUGCUCUGCGUAGGGGAGAGCAACAGCGACAGGAACAGCGACAGGAACAACAACAAGAACAACUACUGCAACAAGAACAGCCACAUCAGGAACAAGGCCAGCAACAGCAACAGGAACAGCCAUACGGCCCCGCCCCCCGCCCUGAGCCUCAAGGUCUGGUGGAUAAGGUGACCGACUUUAUGUAUCUGGCCUCCGAUAACAUCGACCCUGAGGAACUCUUGCCCGUCGACCUCUUCCUAGGUAACCUGGCCGAUCAGAACGCGGACGACGAGAAUGAGGACAACAACAACAAUAACAAUGCUAAUGCCAACAACGCUCAGAACGCCGCCCAGGCCGCCAUCGACGAGGAAGAGCGUCGCCAACAAGCCGCUAACGCCGCUGCCGUUGCCGCUGCCGUGGCUGAUCAAGAGGUUAUUGAUGACGCGGAAGACUUUGAGGGGGUUAUGGAACUCCUGGGCAUGCGCGGCCCGAUUGCAGGGUUGUUCCAGAACGCGAUUUUUUGCGCGUUCCUUGUCUCAGCGACCAUCUUUGCCGGCAUAUUCUUACCGUACAACGUCGGCCGCGGCACGAUCUGGCUGUUUGCCUACCCCACUCGCCUACUGGCCGUGGUGCUGAACCUGGUCAAGCUGGUGCAGGACUGCUGUCUCGUCAUGUUUGGGAUUGUCACCACGGUUGUCUCGGAAACGUUCUACUGGGUUAGCAGGCCGUUCUUGGUCGCGCCGGCGGCGAGGUUGACGCGGGGCCUGGCCAACUCGUCGUGGAAUGUGCUGAUUGGAGCGUCAAAUCGCGUUGCGAAAUGUGUGGUUGCUGAGCUAGCUAUGCUUAGCUCGUCGGAGGUUAGGAGCUUUUCAGCGGUCAGUCAUGAGGCGCUGAAUGCCGUUAAGGGAUAUGUGUGGGGGGUAAUGGUUAUGGCGUGGAGGGUGUUGGCUUUUGUGAUUAGGGAUGAGAGCGCGCCGGCUUGGGGGUGGAAGGAUUUGGGGGGUUUGGGUGGCAAGGUUCUUGCGCUGACAUGGGCGGCUGUUAAGGCUGUAUCGAAUGCGAUUCUGCAUCCGACAUGGCUUUUGAGCAUGAAUCUGUCUGCGGCUUCGACUCCGACCUCCUUCGAUCCUGAGCUCGCCUACUGGGGCGGCUUCGACCGCUUCUGGGCCAUCAUGGCCGGCUACACGACCAUGUUUAUUGUGUCAGCCAUCUACUUGCACCGCGGACAGCCUCUCUUCUCGGCCCUCGCCAUGCAAGAAUGGGAAGCCGUCUUCAUCGAUGGCCUGCGCCAGGCUAGCGGCGUGCUCAAGGUCAUCCUUAUCAUCGGCAUCGAGAUGCUCGUUUUCCCGCUGUACUGCGGCAUCCUGCUCGACAUUGCCCUUUUGCCGCUUUUCGAAAAGGCUUCGCUAAGCGAAAGAAUCACCUUCGCGGCGGAAUACCCCUUCACGGCACUCUUCGUGCACUGGUUCAUCGGCACGGGGUACAUGUUCCAUUUCGCGCUUUUCGUGUCCAUGUGCCGCAAGAUCAUGCGCCGCGGCGUGCUCUACUUCAUUCGUGACCCCGACGACCCGGAGUUCCAUCCCGUUAGGGACGUGUUGGAGAGGAAUCUCACGACGCAGCUGCGGAAGAUAAUGUUUUCGGCGCUGGUGUAUGGCGGGUUGGUGCUGGUGUGCUUGGGCGGAGUGGUUUGGGGAUUGAGGGUCUCGUUACCACAGGUUUUGCCUAUCCACUAUGCGUCGGAUACGCCUGUGCUCGAGUUCCCGAUUGAUUUGAUGUUUUAUAACUUCUUGGUGCCUAUGGCCGUGUGGUUCUUUAGGCCGAGUCGCGGGCUGCAUGCCAUGUAUACUUGGUGGUUCAGAAGGUGCGCGAGGGCGCUGAGACUCACUUGGUUCUUGUUUGGAGAGCGGCGCAUUGAUGAGGAGGGUCGCCUCGUCCUGGAAUCUGACCACAAAAACGGUGUCGCCACCCCGCCAUGGAAGCGCUUGUUUCUUACAGUCAACGACGACAACGCCCUCGUCACCGAAUCCUGGCGCGACGUUUUCAAGGGCGGCAAAGCGAAACCCUCGACCAAACCCGCCAACAACGACCAGACCAGGCACCUCAACGGCAAGAAAAAGGCCCUCGUCCGCUCUGGCCGCCUCAUACCCGACGGCCGUUUCGUCCGCACCCCCGCCUCUGACCAGGUUAAGGUCCCGCGCGGCCGGAAUGUCUUUCUCGACGUCGACGAGCAUAACCGCCGGCUGGAUCGGCACCCGGAUAAUGAUUUGUACGCUAACAAGGCACAGUACACUUUUGUCUAUCUCCCACCGCAUUUCAGGACGAGGAUUUGUGUCUUUGUCUUUCUGAUUUGGUUGUUUGCUGCCGUUACGGGCGUUGGCGUGACGAUUGUGCCGCUUGUUCUGGGGAGGGCCAUGUUCAAGGCUGUUCUGCCGGGCGGUGUCAGGGGGAAUGAUGUGUAUGCGUUUAGUGUCGGGUUGUAUGUCAUGGGAUGCGGGGGGUAUGCUGGCGUGAGGGCGGUCAGAAUGUGGAGGGUGGUGAGGGAGAAGGUUGCGGGUGUGAUGCAGGCGCUUGUUGGACAAGACGGCGUCCGUAGGGUUGGCUACACUGCUUGGGCGCUGGUGAGGAUCGUCUACGCGUACAGCUAUGUCCUCGUCGUCUUGCCACUGCUGAUUGCAUCACUUAUGGAGCUGUAUGCCCUCAUGCCACUUCAUCAAGUUAUGUAUGGCGGAAUACUCCCCCGCCUCCCUCCCACAACAACAACAACAGCGACGACGACGACGACGACGACGACGACGGCCACCGAUAAGGGCACAGGGGUAAACCCCCUCCACACAAUACGCCUCCUCCAGUCCUGGACCCUCGGCCUGCUCUACCUCAAACUCUCCCUGCGUUUGUUGAUCCUCUACAGAGAAGAUUCUCGCCUGGCGACCGCCGCGCGCGCAGUAUUUCGCAAUAAAUGGCUUGACCCGGAUGUUAAUGUCCUCACUAGGGCAUUCGUCAUCCCGUCCUUCGUGGUGUGGGCUGUCGCCAUUACGGUGCCACUUGCCCUAGGCAAGAUACUUGUCUCUAUCGGCGCAGUGAGCAUGUUGGCAUCAUCUGUACUUCCCGCGGGAGCAACCCCUGACGAGUAUCGUCGUCUCUAUCAAGCAUAUGAAGUCCUCGUCUACCGUCUGAGCUUCCCCUUCGUGGCGGGGAUUUUGUUUGGGAUCUGGAUGGCGUGGAGUGCCGUGGGUGUGUUUCACAGUUGGCAGGUGAGGAUAAGAGAUGAGGCGUAUUUGAUUGGGGAGAGGUUGCAUAAUUUCGGGGGGACUGCUGCUACCACUCAACAGAGGGGUCGAAGGGGUAGUCGGAGGGGGAGGUAA